CAUGCCGGAAAGGAAAGUAUUUGAACCAAACGAGGCAGUAUUCAUUCACGAGGAAAUGGACAGUUAUAAUUGGAAUUACUUGGACCAACACAUUUGCGGAGACCAGGAAUUUAACGAACUUAUGGAGGUAAAUCCCCUCCUUGUGUUACUGACAGAGGGAGCUGAAACUUUUACACUAAUAUGUACUCUUUUCAACGUGUAACUGUCCGAUUGUUUUGCUUCAAGUCAUUUGGCUGCAGAAUUGAGGGGGCUGUGUCACGACUGUCUGGUUCAUUUUCAGCGAUUUUCGUGUGACCUUGAAAUGAAAACGCGCGAACAAAACAGAAACAACAAACGAACGGAAAUAGAGCCAUUUGAUUGGUUUAUUGAACAAAUACAAACGCGCGUGGAUUUUGAUUGGUUAAGCGAACGCUCGGGUGAGAAAACUUCAUGCCCGAGAACUUUUUAGAAAUCCGCCGAUACUUUGCUUUGACGUCAUACUGUAACACGAUUGGCCAAUCGGACAAUGCCUUCUCCAUAUCAUAUGCAUAUUUGGCGGGAAAACGAAGAGGCCUUGUUUUGAUCUUUUCAUCCAUUUGCUGAUAAAACAAGUAAGGAACACUUACAGUCCCUUACAGAAACCAUUUUUCAAGGUCAUACGAAUAUCGCUCUAACAGAGAGAUUUAAAAGAGUCACGUUUACGAAAAACAGCAAACGUGAAAUUCAAGUUGAGAAUUUCUCACAACAGAAAAUAAGCAGAUAAAAACUGUCCCGGACAAUUCUUAUGGAUAAAAUUGGCGUGAAACUCACUUAUUUUUGAGUAACAGUACCACGACAACAACAACAACAACUUCAUUCUUUGUACAAAAAUACAAAAGUUUGAUAAACAGUAAGGGACAAUUAAGCGGAAAGCUUGGCGAAAACCUGAAUCGUUAUGACUCUAAGGGUGGAUUUCCACUGUCGUGUAAUUUUCACGUGCGUACGCACGUAAAUUUUACGCGCGUAAAUAAAAUAAAGGCAAUGUAUGGAAAGUCGGGCGUAAAUGUUAAGGUGGCUCCCUAGAGUAAAUUGGCCGUGCGCAGCCUGAGCACUAGAAUGGCGCGAGCUUUAAAAUCCGCGCGACGUCCACGCAAAAAUAAAGCAAACAUGGCCUCUUUGUUUCGAAAUAUUCCCCCCAAAAAACGUUAUUAACUUUCUGUUGGAGCUCAUUGUGCGAAAAGUUUGGUUAGUGUAGGUCAAACAUUUAUGAGAGGAGACAAUGUUAAAUUACACCGGUUACAAGUCACUAUCGAUCUCCAUAAGAGUAAAUUGUAUGUGAAAACGAAGCAGAAAUUUUCCAAAGACAUCAGUUCGUUCGCUUCAAAAGUAGACAAACGUAAAAUAGUCGAAGUAAAUGGUGAAAGGAAACUUUACAAAGAAAACAAAGAAAUAAGUACACUAACCCUAAAGGAAGCAAUGUUACUGUUUCUGGCCUUUGGUUCAUGCUCAACUUCUCGUUUAAGCUCAGUACUUUUUAUCUUGCCUCUAUUUUAUUCACGCGCGUAAAAUUUACGUGCGUAAACACGUGUAAAGUACGCUACAGUGAAAAUUUACCCUAAAGGUGAUGUUACACGAGACGAUUCGCAACGACUAUUUUUAGCGAACCACAGCGUUGCAACAUUUUUGCAUCAUUCUUUCGAAUAGUAACAAGAUUGUUCCAGCAUUGCAUAGCUGUGAGAGUGAAGAAUGAUCAUUGCAGUAAAUUUUCCAAUUUAAGCAAUUGGAAAGAAGAAGCCUGAAAAAAAAAAAUCAGGGCUUCAACGGGAUUCGAACCCGUGACCUCCCCGUUGCCGGUGCGUUGCUCUACCAACUGAGCUAUGAAGCCACACAUUGGGAGCGAGGUUGAAGCCCUAAUUUUUUUUUUGAGAUAUGAACUCAAUAUAUUGACCUCGCUCCCAAUGUGUGGCUUCAUAGCUCAGUUGGUAGAGCAACGCACCGGCUUCUUCUUUCCAAUUGCUUAAAUUGGAAAAUUUACUGCGAUGAUCAUUCUUCACUCUCAUCUACAACCGCAGUUCAAAUAUGAAUUAUUUCAUAUACUUCACAUCAUUGCAUAGCCGUGUUGCUCUAAAAAUCCUCGUUGCGAAUCGUCUCACGUAACAUCACCUUAAUACCGCCAAUUGCGCAUUCGUAUUCGCUAUGGUACUUGCGCAAUUGCUUGUGGACGCCCACCGACGACAAAAUCCCAGAUUCGUGUCAACCGUUAUAGAGGUAAUCAUUGAUUACGGAUACGCAUUCGUCACUUACGGAAAAAUUACGGAAACGAAAUCGAGUCAAACGUAGUCCUACCAGUUUCCCAGCCGAGGUGCCGCUGAUAAUAUUAAUAGGGGAGGCUUACUUGCAGUCGCCCGUCAUAGCUCGAAAAUUUCUGCCUUAGUACCACAGGAACACCAGAUUAGGAUGCGUUAUGACCAACGCGACAACAAAAAUGAUCUUUGAAAAACUCUUAGGCAAACUAGUUUUCGAAAACUACUAUAACCUGUGCCAGGCUCUCGGUUAGAACAGACAAGAGAAGAAAGCGGGUAAGCAGUGAAAAAAAGAGCGUGCGAAAAACGUAAACUACAAUUGCAAUCCGUUUCAAUCGUCUUCAAGUUUGUCCACCCGUGCCGUAUUUGUAUUUUGUUUGCGUUAUUUAUACCUUCCUUGAAUGUUCUGAGUGGUUGUUUUGAUGUUUUACUCUUUUUGGUGGAAGCUACCACAGUUUAAAUUGUUAUAAAUUUCUUGACACUGCUCCUUUCACUAUAAAAACUAUGAUAAUUGUCGACCUCGAGUGAAAAAACUUCUACCUAACCAUGGACAAAGGUCUUAGGACAAAUAUGCAUUUGCUGUAAAUUAAACGGUUUUCUUUUUUUCUUUUUAGUCUCUGAAUUACUGGAAGGCUCGUUUCCUACUGCUGCCCUUUACUCAGCGUAAAUCGAGUGUGGGAACGGGAGAAAAGAAAAAGACAAAAGCGCAGCAAGAGGAAAACCUUAUGGAAGGAUUUUUGAAGUUUCUUGAGAUUCUCAGUCGAGUAAAAAGAUUUCCAUCCCAGAAGGUUCCUCAGACACCUAAGGUAGUGAUAGUAAGCGCGCACUCUGUAAAUAGCUUUUAGGUGGCUGAACACAGUUUCUGUAGAAUUGCUUUAUCCCUUUUCUGAGCAUGAUAUAACUCACCAGCCAUUGAUAGCUUGAUUCUGUCACUUCGAUAUUCUCGCUAAAACUCGUAGAAUAAAGACGACAGCUGUCACGUUUUCCCGCCAAAAUGACGCUAGUUUACGCGCGCACACUACUUAGUAUUGACAAAAUCUUGUCCUCGCGUACUUGUAUGAAAGGCCACGCGUAAACAUGAAAGUUGAGGGAGGUUCAACUUAAACAUUUACGCGCGACCUUUCAUACAUCGCCUAAAAGAUUAUGCAACAGUCACGUGGAAAACUUAAUAAUAUAGAGUUUAAAGGUCGGUACACACUAGGCAACAAGUUGCAGCGACACGUCGCAGCGACAAAUCGUACGUGUGUAUUGAAGAAUUUUUGUGAAAAUCUUUGCCUCAGCAACAGAAUUUUGUCGCUGCAACAAGUCGCGGAAAACCAGAUCAGACAGAAUUUGUGCGACUUGUUGCGGCGACAAAAUUUUGUUGCAGAAACAAAGCUUUCCUUAAAAAUUUCCCCGUUCACACGAAGGGAUUUGUUGCUGCUACGCGUCGUGCAACGUAUCGCCCGAACUGUACACCCGGAGUGAUUUGUCACCGGGACGUGUUGCAGCAACUUUUAAAAUUAUCACUUUGAAUAACGCCUUAGGGCCUGUUUACGUGGAGGUGGAAGACCCGAGAUAGUUGAGGUAACAUGUAGCGGGUCACCCUACCUAUCAUGUUAACGCGAUCAAAUUAUAAUGAGAGAUUAUAUGGACAGGCGGGUUACCUCACCUUCCUGGGGUCCACCACCUCCAUGUAAACAAGCCCUGAAUGUGGUAAUAUAUUUUCUAGGAGCGAAGACAAUCAGAGCCUGCUUUCCUGUCCCAUCGCCAUACUAAGCAGCAGCAUGAGACAACAGCGACUGUACCCUUAUCAUCAGAGUUAACCACAGCACAGAAGGAAAUCACCUCUUUACCAAGUAGUCGGCUGGUUAGUAAAUCGCGGUCGUCCUCAACUAUUGGCCUAGAAUCACCGAACCCGGAUUCUCGUAGCGUUUCAUCCGUGGAAUUCUCUGGGUACGUCAGAGUUCUAAUCACAAAAUAGCAGCUAAUAAUUAGCAACUAGCAGUAAUCAGGGAUUAGCAAUGGCUGGAAAGAAUAAUACCUUUAGUAUGGCUGUUGCUGAUGAAUGUUACUAAAGUCGGGAAGUUUGUACGAUAGCUCGAAGCAUAUACAUGAAUAACGUGCUCCUAUUGCAACGCUCUGGUUACGUAGCACCACGUGACUAUUAUAAAGUCGAGUCGUCACCAUCCGAUACGAUCCGUCAACAUGAUACCCUGGGACAGAUAAGAAAUGUUGACGUCCGUUCCGAUCACGGCCAGACUUCCUAUAGUGAACUGUUAUAUGGCAAUGCUGACAGUCAGCUCGUAAAUAUUCUUAAAGGGGCUGUGUCGCGGCAGUCCAGUUCAUUUUGUUUAAUUUUGCCAAUUACUCGCCCUCAAUUGCUAUGGAACUUUAAGUAAGCAAAGAAAUUAUAUGUAAAUGACAAAAUCAGAGAUUCGAGACAAACAAAUAUGUCUUCUGAGCAUCAUUUUUGAAGUUGCAAACAGCAGAGAUAAACUUUGAAAAACUGUCAGGCUGAACAGUCUUCAAAAACCCUAAUUUCAAUCCGUUUCAAUCUUCUUCUGUUUUGCCCAUCCGUGGCAUCUGUUGUUUCUGUUGUGUUAUUUUAACCUUCCUUUAAUGUUUUAAGCGGUUAUUUUUAUGUUUCUCUUAAUUUAACGGGCAUUUUGUAAUAAUAAACCUAAUUUGGCUGAAUUUCGUGACACGGCUCCUUUAAUUUUUGCCUGUUUUUAUCAUAGAGAGCAGCCAAUCGCAGCCGACGAGCGAUAUCCGAUAGUGACAGGCUCAGUGAACAAUCAUCAUUGAAGAGCAUAGCGGAGGCCAUGAUGGAAUCUGGGUAAGUUGCAAGAUGAUACGGUUCGUGAUUUCUGAAAAAAAAUCCACUAUUUAAUGCUACAAUUAACAGUUUGCUUUUUUGGUUUCAGCUCGAAACGAGAACUUGAUAAGCGUCAAUAAAAAGAGUUCUACGAAGUAAUCGUUCCACUCUUGAAGCAAUUGAUUAAGUCAUGAGAAGUAGUUUUUUUUUAGUGAACGAAGUGCUAGAGUCCUAUGACAGUUCAAAUCAAAGCUGUUAAGCAGCAAUUUUUCGUGGUACCAUUUUUUGUUGCAAUAAUUUAGACAUUUUGGAUUUUUUAAAAAAAAAAUUGAUUUAGAAUCAGCAUCAGCUGAGCAAGAAGGGGAGGGGUGUGGAUUGUUUUGUUUUCGAUGUUUCCCUGUUCGAGGACAAUGUCUCAGCAAGUUGUCGCCAAUUUCCAGCCAAACAGCAAUCUUUUUAACGGAAAAGUCUUGAUGGGACUCAAGUUUUUUGUUCACAGAGUUAAAGCCGCCUUCAGAAGUUCGUCACUUCUCAACAUAGGGAGAAGUGACGGAGGCAGCGUGGCCGAGUGGUUAAAGCGCCGGACUUGCAGUCCGGUAGCUGGAUUUGUUCUCGGUUGUCUUGAGUUCAAAUCCUCGAGCGCCGAACUUGAAAUUCGGAGGCCCUGAGUUCAAGUCCUGCCCUGACCGCUAGCUGGAUUUGUUCACAGUAGUCUCGAGAUCAAAUCCUGGGCCACACUUGUAAAUAGCCAGCUGGUUUGCCUCCAGCCAGUUGGGAUUCUUGGCCAUAUUAUGUUUCAUUUGAAUUAUUGGUUCAUUAUACCUGAAAAGCCCUAUAGGGGGAGGGGAUAAUAAAUUAUUAUUAUUAUUAUUUAUUUAUUUCUGAGAGUUUUUCGUUGAGUUAAUUGUUGGUUCACUAUACAGCAAAGGCGUUUCAUUUCUACCUGAGAUGAAAGGAUUGAAGCUUUCCAGCUUUCUAAGUGUAGAAGCGAUCUCGUGGAUAAAACAACACCUGGAUGGGAUCACUUCUAACGAGCAAGCUAUUCAUCUGUGUCAGGUCAGCGGUUUCAACUUAUGGUUAUGAGCAUUUGGCAUUUUUUUUUAUUGAUAGUGAUACAUCUGUCUUCUCCAGAACCCGUUCUAUCGGGCGUAAUAGGAUGCAUGGAGCGAUUGCAGGCCUGAAAGCUCCAACAUCCACGAGGAACCUUAACUUACCCUAGUCACCCGCGCAGCCGUUUUUGUCCCGUCACGCGACGUCCCUCCCAAAGUUUCAUGGGGAUGAGCGUUGCGUGACGAGACCGCCUUCGUGCGAUAAAUUUUCUCAGCGGCUUCUCUUUACACGUAAAGCCCAUUCGUGUCUGUUGCCAAGGAUAGAGUAAUGACACUGAGUAUCGAUAAUAUCAGAAACUCAUAAGGGGUUGAAACGUGUAACUCUCAUAUGUUUGCUUUGUCCGAUGCUCGUGAUUAUUCAUUUUCGAAAGUACCAUAUUUGGAACGAGAAGAAGAGAUAACUGACCAAUCAAACUUCGUAAACAACGUGACGUAAUUUUCCUUCAGGUUCCCGCGCCCGCUUAAAAGAAUGGCGGACAAACGGAGGAAAAACUCCCGAAAGCCGAGAAAGCUUUCAAAGGUUGAAGCCAAGAAUAAUACCGAAACACUGAGCAGGAUAUUAUUCCCUUACCACCCGGGCCAAACGUAACAUUAUGAAACCCAUUGACGGCCUCGCAACUUCUUGAAGUUUUCACUUCAAAAAACGAUGCCUCGUUGACCCUCUGCACAGUAAACUUAUACUGCAAACAGGCUUUUAAAAUUUUUAUGUUAAAAGUCUCGAAUAAACAGUGAAAAAUAUUUUCGAAUAAAAUUCAUUAGCUGCCUAUCGAAAGUGUCCAAAACCUGAACCUGACAUCUUCGCAGAAAGUGAUGCUUGUAAUGAAUGUAAGAAGCAUUUUAAAAGCUUAAAUUAAACUUAGAUGUUGUAGUCACGAUCGUGUUUUGAGCUAAUUUUAUGACUGAACAAACUCAAAACAAUAGACAGAGAAGCCGUUUCUUGAAAAUUUUUAUUCAAAGUCCAAAAAGUUAAUCCUUUAAAGCAAUUCGGAAAACACUAUCCGGAUCGUGGAUCCGUUCACGCAAGUGGCAUCGGCUAAGCACAAGGCAAAAUUCAAAAUUCAAAAUUCAUCUCAAAUCAGGGCACAUUUUGUGACUUUUCUUUAGCGCCGAAGAGAAAAAUUUAUAAAACGUCUAUGAAACAUUUAAAAAUACAUAAAUUCCCUUUCAAAAACGUAAUUGUCUUGGCCAUAGAGUGCAAAAUGUACCUGAAAAUUCAGCAAAAACUUCGCUGACUUAGUUGCAUUUCAAAACAGACCAUGGGCUCCGCCGUGAAGAAAACAAGGUUGAAUUCCUCGAAGGACGAUUUCUUGAUGAAAAGCUUCCCUUUCUCCACAAAAAGAAAACUGAGCAUUCUUUUGAACUUUCUCUUUCCAUUUUUUGUCUUUUAACGGUGUAUUUUUAUCCUUGAAAUGCAGAACUCUUGCCUUAAAACAUCUGCAUGGUGAUCGCGCAGCAGCCAUUUUGUUGAAAAUGGAUAUCCGUCACUAAGAUUUCCAAAUAUGGUAAAAAGUGAAUAUUCACGAGCAUUGAACGCGAGUUACACGUUUCAACCCCUUAUGGGUUUCUGAUAAUGUGACAUCCUUUCUUAAUACUUUCACUGUUUAGUAUAAUUCAUUUCACUUCGAGUGACUACUACCCUCCCCUCCCCUAUUCCCUUUCCACCCUGCCAUGGAAAACAGCUAUGCCAAAAGCCAUCAACGGAAACAGAAAGAAGAGUUACGAUUUACUUACGGUUAAUUGAAAUGCUCAGUCAAGAGAUACUAUUGAAGUGGCCCCGGUUCCUCAAACGUUGGAUAGCGCUAUCCACCGGAUGAAAAGCUAUCCACUGGAUAACGCAAUUGGUUUCCCAAGUACUUAUCCGCAGGAUAGCGGUUUCCAACGUUUGAACAACCGGGGCCUGUAGAAUAAAUACCAAGGGAAAAAAUUUCAGAAUCAUAUUUUAGUAUACAGGAGAGGUAUAUAGAGAAAUAUAAUCUUUACUGUUACUUCAUAAAAAUGUCGAAACUUGCUUCUUCUUUUUUUUCACUUCCGUUUCUAGAAAAUGGUAGAAGCUGGCAUCAUUGAACACGCCUCAGAAAGUGUAAAGCAAAAAUUUCUCGAAGGUUUUAUUAUCUUUUGUUUUGCACCAAAGUCUUCUUGGGCGGAGAAAAAAGAUGGUAAGUCAAGUUAGAUGUUGACCACAGGAAUACCACAGUAUUCUUAAACACAUGCUUACCAUUCUCCUCGUAAGAAUAUCAAACAAUGCUCUGAAGUCAUGAAGAGCUUCCGAAACUUCUGAAGAAUAAUUUUGAGUUCUCAAAUAGGAGUUCGAACCAUGACCUAUUACCCUAACGCUUGAUCUGCGGUUGGACAGGACAUGUGUGAAAGAAAAAGUCAAUGAAACCUACGUUCAUUGAUAAAAAUCUUAGGGCAAACUUUUAUUUGUGACGCUUUUUUACGCACGCGUUUGAAAUCAAAUGAAACUACACAUGCCUAGUCCCUCUCCCCCACACCAUAUACAAAGUUAACUCCUACACCCACAAUUUUUGUGAGGGGAGGGGAAACUGCAAGGGAUUUUUAACAAGGAAGCACUGAUUUCGUAAGGGAUCCUGACAACACAGGCCUUGAUUUGAGUGGUGAGUUUAAGGGGUAUUAAAAACAAUCGAAAAUUCGUUUUGAACCGCGCGUGUAUGCUGGUUGCGUAGUUCUGCCUGAUGAAGUACGAGCAACCUCGUUUUGCGGUUGUUAUAAUCAGAAGCCGUAAUUAACGGCUCCUGGUGAUUUUAUUUGAUGCCUUUUUUUUGGGGGGGGGGGGGUUGAGUCAGUUUGUUCCCCUUCGAUCAUCCCCUUCAUUUUGACUCUGUUGUUCCGCCCCCUGGGGUAAAGUGUCGGACUUCCUCUUUUCUCAACCGAGCCUUUGCUUUUUAUUGUUAGACAUACCGGAUACUUCCAAGUUACCCGUGUCUCACCGGUCUUCAAUCGACGUGGAGCGCUUCGAGUUAGAUCUUUUACGAGAAUUUCAAAGUGAAUGGUUCGAGGUGGCAAUCUGGCCUUCCAGAACUGGAGAUGAUUUUCCAGAAUUCUUUGCACCCGAUGAGGUGAUUGAGUCAUUUCCGGUGGGUUCUCCAAACCGGAAGCUCAGCCAAACAAGAUCAGCCAGGCGGAGUCCAGGACGCCUGCAUUUAGAGAGCGGUUUGUAUUCUGUACUUUCUUAGAUCUUUCCUAGACAUUGUUAAAAAUUUAUUUCCUUUAAAAGCUUGUUUUUUUUCAUUAUCUUAAAGCGUUCUUCAGUGUCAUCUCAAAUUGUAGACUGCAAAACAGUCAGUUAUUUUCCUCAAAAUCGGUGUUUCCAGGCGCGUUCGUGGGAUUUCCCAAAAAACCUCACACGCCCGUAACGUUUGCGACAACCAUUUAUGCGAAUUUAUUGGGCACAUUUUUGAGAAAAGUGAAGAAAUCAGAGUAAGAGAUAGUUAUGCAAGUAAAGGAGUUGAAUACAGGGUUAAGCACUGAAGUACAGUGAUUAGGGUUAAGCACUCUUUAGCGGUUAGCUUUCACUAAUGUUAUGAUCAAUGCCAUGUAAGGUACCUUAACCGACAGUUAGCCCUUGAUGGUGUAGUGGAUAAUACAUCAAAUGACGCGGGUCAAGUCCUACGUACUACCCACUGUUUUCAUCCGUUUUCUUUCUUCUCUUAUUUACUACUCUAAGUUAUACGACUCCUAUGAUGUAUUUUGAGUAAAGAUGACAUCUGAUUUUGGAGGAGUUUCAACCCGCCCGUAAGGCGUCUCCCCCAAGUCUCACACUUUGUUCUCACCCUCGCUUCAGGACGUUUCUUAUUUUACCGCUCCCGCGUUCUUGAACCACACAAUCUGCAGUCUACUCAAAUCGCUACCUCAUCGCGAUUAUUUGUGUAUCGGAGAGAUGUCGGUUAUGCCAAAAGUUAUCCGUUGGACAGUGAACUGUGUCAGUUUUAGAGAGUACAGUCGAACCUCUCGCAAGUUACCACCCAAAUUUCAAAGACUAAGUGGUCGCUUACGGGAGGUCGUAGUUUACGAGAAAAGACCCUCUUGAGGUCUCUUCUGAGACGAUGUCCGGACACAUCUACUUUAUGGAAGAUAAUUUAUUGUAUGUAUUUUCUAAAUAAUGAUAUGUACAGUUCCAUGUUGAUAUUCAAGUUCUUCGUAUAUUUUAAGUAGAAUAGUACAUACAGCGAACAUAGAAAUCAGACAAUGCGUCAAAAAGUUGCUUACAAGAGCUUAAAACCAAUGGAAAAUCAUUAAACCGUCAGCCCCCAAAAGUGGUCGUGGUCGCUUACAGGGGGUGGUCCCUUACCAGAGGUUCUAACUAUAGGGAUUAAUUAGACUGGUAAAGAUUGGGUGCAUUAUUCGCCAACGAGAGGUGGUCGCAUAUUGAGGUUUGACUUUAUCUGCAGUGGAGGGGCCCAUGUAUGCAUAAUAGAGGUGUCUUAAUUGGAGAAAUGUCUAUAUAAUAUAAACGAGGUAUUCGUGUUAGUUAGGUACCCUUAUUAGAGACAUUUAUGAAUCAUAGAGGUAGUCUAAUUGGAGAAAUAAGUAAGUGGAGUAUGAUUGUCCGAGUGAGUGUAGCCCUCUCCUUUGUUUCAGAAGAUAACUACCGCACAGGUUGUUGAAAUGUCAGUCACCGUCAACAACUGAGCAGUCCUAUUAUUAUUAUUAUUGUUAUUGUUGUUGUCAUUUUAUUAUUAUUAUUAUUAUUAUUAUUAUUGAUUAUCGAGUAUUAUCCUAUUGCAUACUCCAUAGACUGUGGCUGUGGCCCAGCUUACAAGUUUGUUACCCUGGAUGCUGAUCCUCAUCACAAGAACCAACGCCCUGAAACCUGCAUCGUACGUUACCAUGGUAAUUUCUGCACCCAUCAUGCGUUUCAGAUCGAGCUACACUGGAUAGCAGCGACUGGGAGUAUAGUAAAUAACAUGGUAGGAUGAAAAACAUCAAAGUCUUACAGUAAUCGCUCUAACAAGCGUCCUCCGGGGCUUAUUUUUCCAGCCUUUUUCAUGAGGGGAGUUAAUUGGAGCAGGAAAAUUAUCAGGGAGUCAGGGAGAGGGGCUCAUAUAAAAGCGAAGCGGCAACCCAUGGUAGUUCACUUUAUUUCAUAAGCGAUAUGCCUGUAAGCCACAUAGUCCAUGCUUAUAAAAAAUCCAUUUUUUCAGUCACUUUUCUUACACUAUACUGUACCUUUGUUUGCGCAAUCUGAAGAUAAUCGUUCGUCACUUUUAUUCUGUCCAUAAUAUACCUUGUUUACCGCCAAAAUUUAGCGUAAACAUAGAAGCGCUUGAUAAACAGGCUAAUUUGUAGGCUAUAGAGCGUAUUCACAUGACGUCACGGCGGCCAUGUUGGUGUACCAAGACAACCCUGUGGGAAUUGAACUCUUUUCUAUGUAAAAACUUUCUUUUGUUCGUAAAAAUUAGCAUAGACGCUGGUCACGUGAGUGAAUACGCUCUAUAAAAGUGAUUGUGAUGAUGAUGUUGACGGUGAUAAUGAUGAUGAUGAUGAUGAUGAUAACGAGUGAUCGUAUCCGCUUUGCUCUCCUCAGGUUCAAUCAUGGACUCGUAAGGCACCUUCUUGUGGCUUUCACAAAGUUCCCGUUCCAGUAAGUCCAUUCCCUGAUCCAGCUGGUAGGAAUGUCGACCCUUUUCGUUUGCCUUUGUUUAUUUCGUUUAACUUACCCGAGGGAGCAGCGGACGCAUGUAGUCUGUUCAGAGGUAAGAAAGAGGAACAAUCCCGUCAUCCCGACCUAAAUUUUCCCUCAAUCCCUUAAUCCCGAGGGUUAUUUUCGCCAUACCACAUCCCGUGCAUACUUUCAAUCCCGAAUCCCGCCCCGAUAUUGCUUUAAAAAUUCCGACUACCGCACAGGUUGUCGAAACAUCAACCACUGAUCACGAACUGGUGGCUAGUUUACUUCAAAACUGACAUUAAUUUGUUGGUGUAUACUUAGGAUUCGUGUAAGUUGUCCCAAGCAAUCGUAAUUAAACAUGAAACCUCCAGAUUCGAUAGCCCAAAACUGCUUUGUGAAUAAGAAAACAACAACAACAUAAACAGAAACAUAGGCACGUUAAACGUGCAUGAGCUAUUUUGAAUGCUUCAGUGUAACUUUAAUGCUUCGGUGUAACCUUACCAAGAGUGAUGAAUCUACCUUUUUCAUCCUAAAUGUAGAUUGGGUUUUUGUGCGAAAUUGGGUAUUGCGCUACAUAAAUGAAAACGCGAAACGCUCAGCUGAGUCGAUCCUCGAGCUAUAUAUUGACUUUCCUCUGUCUUUCCCUGUUACAUCUGGUGCAAGUUAAACAAAUUGUUAAAGUAAAAUAAAUUUCUACUCACCAAACGUUUCGUAAGCCAAAAUGUGACUCAUCAAAUACUGAAUAGUUGCGAAAUACCAGGAUUUUUAUCUUUGAGGUAGAUGGUUGCAUCAUCAUAAUUCACGAGGUUUUCACGUGCGAUUCUACUCAGUGAAACAGUCUUUAACUCCGACAACUUAUUUCUUCGUGUUUUAAAAGCUAUUGCUUUUUAAAAGACAAGAGCCUUUUUUAAGGCAUUGGUUACAAAACGAAACAGGUCUUCAGACGUCCAAGUUACUAUUAAUUAUUGUGAAAAGCCAAUCUGCAUGAGAUGUACUGUCACACAGCUGGCACGUAAAAGUGUUGGACUUUGCCCCCUUUCGUGGUUCGUACGUGAGGGAAUUCGAGUUAUCACACGGUAAACUACUAAACAGAAUUAUAAAAAUAACUCAUGCACACAAUUUGCACGUGAAGAUGUUGGUCUUUGGCCCUUUUACAAUUCGUACGUUAAAAAAUUAAAUUAAAUUAUGUUUCAUGCAACGUCAAGGUUGAUAGCCUAACAUUUAUUAACUUCCAAGAAAAUUAUCAAACUGCCGAAACUCAAUACAACAGUAUCUAAUUAUUGUGUCAACUAGCUUCUUCCAAUGUUAUUCCCUAACGCUACUGUUUCUACCUGAGUUACGCAUCUUUACUAAAUAAAAUACGUUUCAAUAACUAUAAUACUUAGUAAGCAACAAGGAUGUAUCAUGUUGUUCACUUAUUCAUGUCUUAAUUGCCGGAACGAAAAAGGUCUGUUGAACUUUGUAAGCGAGAGAAUAAAGCUUGUUUACAGGAUUAACAAUACUCGAUACAAAUUCUAAAAAAAUAAGCUGCCGUUGAAACAUCUAAAACCACAAUUUAUACGCCGCAUGCUUUCGAAUUAAAGUUCAUUUCUAAAUAUCAAUUAUUGUUUCACUGGAAGAGCUUUGAAAAUAUAUCAUCUUUUAUACUCUACCUGCACUGGAAGCAGGUGAAACACAACUUAUAAAUACGUGCGUUGUACCGUUCGGGAUAGCCGAAUCGGUCACAAAUGUCUUGAAGCAGCAUCCACACUAAAAUAUGAACCCUUAAACAGCUGCAUCACUGUUCACAGCGUUUGAAUCAUGAAGAUAUUUUAUGUAAUGCUUCCAAACACCUGUACCCGUAAUAAAAGACGAAAAAAAUGUGAAGGAUCAAGAUGGCGGUCUCAAAGUGCCCUUGUUCGACCUUUACCAAUGCCAUGUUUAAAUAGAUGCCAAGAUCUCAUUGGUUCCUAAGCAUUAACUCAUAGUACCUUCAAUCUUAUUGGCUCUUGCAACAAACAUCCCAACAUACAAAGAUACAAAGCCACAAAGAUACAUACGCUCACACCACUUACAUAUGAGCUAUUUUUUCAAAAUAGCUCAAAAACAAAACAAAGGCCUAAUGUCCAAAUUCAAAUUGUCCAAACUGUUUUUCUUACAAUUCUUUAAACAGUUAGUUGAGAGAAUACGAUAAAAGAUCAAAGCAUUUUCCCUUUGUAAAAGGUUUGAACCAUAAGUAGGUUGAGUAUGAUCGUCCAGGUGAACGUAGUCCUGAAUAGAACUGUUAUUGACAGUGACUGACGUUUCGACAAUCUGUGCGGUAGUCAUCUUCAGAGUCGAAGUGAGUUGUAUCACGUCAGUCCAUGGUAUUUAACUUUGGUUAUUGACCUGGUUGGUCAUUUAAGUCGAGAUGUUAAUGGUCUUCUGUCAGUUAAGCCGUGAUGUUAUUGGCUAUGAAGACUCUCGCAAUGUCAUUGGUGCGUUUCGAUCCGUCUAUUGUCACGGUUAAUCAGUCGUUUAUUGUUAGUCAAAUUUUCAGUUGUCCAGUCGUUCUCUGGUGGUUAGUUUUGUUUGAUUCCGUCAAUAAGUCGUUUGUACGGUCCUCUCAUAACCUUUCCUAUUGAUUGUGCAUGACAAUUGUUACGAGAAAAUUGAUUUCUGUCACACUUGGGACUUAAUGGGUAAACAUGUACCGCACUUACUCAAAUUAGCAGCAGUACUAUCUGCUCUGGCAAGUGCGAAUCGCUGGACGUAAAUUUAUAAUAAUUUACGAUAAUGAUAAAGGAGUUUGGUAUUCUGAUUUUAAGUGAUUCCAAUUCAUAACGGGUAACUAUCAGAUUAAAAAAAAAAUCGUUUUUUCAUCAUAGUCUCCUUACAUGGCCCCAGUCCUCUUGCCUGGCUACACUUUCAGAAAUACCAUUAUUUACUAUAUUACUGUAAAUCCUCUAAACCCCCCCCCCCCCCCGGGGGGGGGCUUUUUUUUUUCAAGUCCAUUUGAGGGAGGCUUAGUAGCGACGAGAGGCUUAUUUGAGAGGGGGGGGGCUUAUUUAAUUCAGAAAAAAAUAAUGGCAUCAGCUCUUCAUGAAGAACUAGAAUACAAAGUGGAAAACCUCAAGUACAAGACGGUUGGAGGCCACGCAGCUGAGGAUCAGAAUCAAAUCUCAACUUCUAGUUGGUAAAUAAACUAUCCCGGAUCAGUCCACACGAAGUUUUACAGUCGUGAUGGAUUAAUACAGUCUAUCAUUUAUUAGUGAAGAAUAAUUAGGGGAGGGGUGGCUUAAUGGAGAGGGAGGAGGGAGGCUUAUCAACUUUCUUCCCCUGAAAAGAGGGAGCUUAUUAGAGGGAGGGGGCUUAUUUGAGGAGGGGGGGGCUAAUAGAGGAUUUACAGUAUGUUAGAUUUGUUGGUCAUAUAAUCACCGAUAGUUACGCUCCAUUGAGUCUGAAUGAUCUUCACUUGAUCGGUUUUGUUCAUGUUUUUUGCAACCAAAAAUUGUUACGAUUUUUGUAUUUCAGAAUUUGAACCAUCCACGCGAAAUCUAAGAAUGUUUCUAUUUUUGGAAGCCAUACUUCAAAGGUGCGUAUGUACUGCUUGCUUACGUCCUUGUGGGACAAUUGACGUUAAGUAGUCUUGAAUGUUUUCUUCGCUAUUAAUGUCUCAAACUUUGCAUAUUCUCAAGUCAAGAAAAAAUACUUGAGUUUCCAUUUUUCAACUAAAAACCAAACGAAAAGGGCUGAAUUAAAAACGAGUUCGUCACUUUAAAAACGGGAAGGGAUCUGGAGCCGAAAUGUGUCCCGCAAGUGUUUCUGGGAUCGUUACUGGGAACAAGCCGGUCAGCUAUUGGCUAUUUUUUUCCGUGUCCCUGGUAUCAGGACCAGAAGCCUUUGCGAAAGUUAACUCGGCCCAGUUUCCUUCUCUUUUUUUAAAGUGGUGAAUGGGUCAUAGUCUACUUUACAGUUGCUUUUAGGCUCGUCACGCAACGCUCCUCCCCACUUAGCGUUGCGUGACGAGCCUAAAAACGGCUGCGAAGGAGACUAGAUGGGUCACAUUGUUUGUUGGGACAAGCUUACUUGUAGAAUAGCCUUUCAUAAAAAGAAAAAUUAAAUUAUGGUGCUUAAAGCAAAGUGAUUUAUAUAUCCUAAUCCACAUUGAAUUGCAGAGUUGAAACUGAAAAUAUUACGGCGUUUAUCUUUUGUUGCACGUAACAUUGGCUCAAUAUGUCAGCAGCAAUCUUCUUCUGUUUCAGCAACACUGCGCACAACCUUAAGGUGGCUCGAUACAGUUUUUCAGUAAAUUUUUCCAAAUCUUUGUUUAUGGCAACGUACUCAAAUUUGGGAGGUAUUGACCCUGAAAAACUGUAUCGCUGUAUCGAGCCACCUUAACUGCACAACCUUGUUAACCUUGGGCAACAUUUCGUACCAUAAUGUGACACAAGUUUUAACGUUCAGCCAAUCAGAUUUGGCUUUCAAACUUUACCACUACCUUCUUGCCAGUUCUGGCACUUUCAUUCUAAUAACGUGCCCUCUUGCCCAAAAUAGCCUGUUCACAGACCCGCUAUUUUCUCUUAAAAGUCCACCAAGCGCGCUCGCCGAUUAUCGAAAAGAAAAAUAAAGCAACGUCUGUGUACAGGCAAGCCCAAAAUUACACGUCAUUUUUCACCAUGACAACAGCACUUUGUUGCUUUGUUUCAAGGUUUGGUUUCAUCCGGGACACACCAUAUGGCUCGAUGCACGUGAGCUCGCCGAUGGUGCAAAUGACGCCCGUGCAGUGCCGCGCACAUGACUACGUGCACACGAGCGGCGUAGCUUUUGUACGUAUCUCUACCUGGGAAGAUGAUAAUGAUCCUUUUAUGAAUGACCAACAUGGGUCAAUAAUGGACCAACACAGUGGCAGGUAUUGGGGUUUCUAUUGGAUGCCAAAUCAUAUGUUGACAAGACGCUGGCGGUCAGCGGGUACUGGUGAUAAAGGAAGUGAAAGUAAACUGAGAAUUGAACUGGAAGAUUUCUGCGCGGACAAAAAUGGUGUUUUGACGAAAUUCUGGGAGUCGUGCACGGUAACUGCAAGAAGACUGCUUCAAAAAGGCGUAGAAGAAGAAGAUAAGAUUUCCUUAAAAGAAACGGAUGAAGGAGGUUGUGAAAUGAACAGGGUGGAAGAAAGCGACUCGACAAAUUUGGGGAGCUCCACAGAUUCAUCUGAUAAACUUCUUGCUUUACAGUCAGAAAAAGAGAAGUGACUUAAAAUUAUUUCAAAGUAUGCUUCAAAUCUAUUUGACCAAUGAGCUAAAAAAGAAAAAGGAGCACUCUUAUUGUUAAAAGUUAGAUUUCUAUGUAGAUAAAUUAUAUUAAUGAAACUUUCGUGAAUAGGUACAAACAAAAAGUACGAGGUACUUUAUAAUAAUACUAUAUAAAGAAAAUGAAAGGUAGAGGUCAAUCUUGUACCCAGAUCUAUCUCGGCCAAGGGUUUUCAGCGUAAGACAGAGCGAGAACUGGGU